UACCACCAGCGCAAAAGAACCCGGCCUCCCCUCCCUGCCGCUGCCGGGUGGGACACGCCUUCUCCGGAGGAGAACAAAACAACCCCCCCGGGAGGGCUCGGCUGGCCAGGACAGCGCUAGUGGGAGCGAGCGAGCGAGCGAGGCGCGCAGAGCCAGGCACGAGGGGCGGCAGCAGCAGCAGCAGCAGCAGCGGCGCGCACAACAGCAGGAUGCCAAACUGGGGAGGAGGAAAAAAAUGUGGCGUGUGCCAGAAAACCGUGUACUUUGCUGAAGAAGUACAGUGUGAAGGCAACAGUUUCCACAAAUCCUGCUUUUUGUGCAUGGUUUGUAAGAAGAACCUGGACAGCACAACAGUGGCUGUGCAUGGAGAAGAGAUCUACUGCAAGUCAUGUUAUGGCAAGAAGUAUGGGCCAAAAGGCUAUGGAUUUGGACAGGGAGCAGGGACCUUAAGCAUGGACAAGGGGGAAGGACUGGGGAUCAAACCUGAACAGCAACAACCUCAUUAUCCCACCAACAACCCCAAUGCAUCAAAGAUAGCACAGAAAGUGGGAGGUGCUGAUGGAUGUCCCCGCUGUGGUCAGGCUGUGUAUGCUGCUGAGAAGGUGGUUGGAGCUGGGAAGUCAUGGCACAAAGCCUGUUUCCGAUGUGCAAAGUGUGGAAAAAGCUUGGAGUCUACUACUUUGGCUGAUAAGGAUGGUGAAGUCUACUGCAAAGGCUGCUAUGCCAAGAACUUUGGACCCAAGGGCUUUGGCUUUGGGCAGGGAGCGGGAGCACUUGUCCAUUCCCAGUAAGGGGGUGGAUUAGUUGCUCUGAAAUCUUUAUUCCAGCAGUCAAUGCUUUUAUUAGUACUGAACUUACCCAGAAAAAACCUCUGAAAAACCGAGACCAUUUCACCAGUCCUUGCAAAUGUAUUAUUAAUGCAAUACCAGUACCUGCUGCUUUCCAGUGUUUUCUCUAGUCCACUUCUUUAUUUGCUAGUUGGCCAAACAGGUAUGACUCUAUUCUAUAUGCUGUUUAAGACACUAAAAGGUUCCAUGUUGCUGUGAUUGGCUGGAACUCAACAUAGAUCAUAUCACAAUAAUUGCCUUCCUUAGCAUAAAUUCAUGCUUAUAGCCACAGUGGAAGCUAUAACUGGCAAAGAGCAAAGUUGCAACUGUCUAUAAAAUGCUGCAAUAGCGUCCACAAACAUUUCCCUCCCCCCACUGGAAACAGACAUGUACUGCUAUAUCAAACCACACGUUAACAGUCUUAACAAAAAUUAACAUGCAAAAUAUUGAAGCUGAUUAAAAGUUGUUUUGGUGCACAAGAAUUAAGAGCUGGAAAGGAUUAAACAAUUAGGUGUGCAAGAGGUAUAGGCACAGAAGGUGAAAAUAUUUAAGCACAUAAAUAAAGUACACUUCUUAAGCUUACAGGAAUGAAUGGGGAAAUUUUUUGUGUCUUUCAUUUACUGCUACUGGGUUGAUAUAUUCUGCAGUAGUCGCUGCUUUUGGUUUUUUUCCCCUCUUUGAGAGAAUAGUGGCAUUUAAAAACUCAUGCUACAGCUGUCUUUUCCAGUGGUGUUGCUAUCAUUCCUAGAAGGCAUGCAAGCCAGAAAGGAGUUGCUGCCUUUGAUUCCAUCUAGCUGUGGCUCUCCUACAGCUGCAGGAAACAUUUAAAGAUGCAAAAAACUAGUUUGCUUCUAAUACAUGCUUUGUCAUCAUUCCUGUCUGUGUCACUUCCUUGAGCAAUGGAAAUGCUUGAUGAGGUCAGUUUCACUUUUCUUCUCCCAGUGCUGAGAAAUAGAUACUGUCUCCUCAGUCAUGGAGAGGCUUCAGAAGUGAAAAAGCCCUGUCUGUUACCUUGAGUUGCUGGCACCUGAACUAUCCUUUCCAAACCAAGGCUGCCUGCAAAACAGGAUCCAUCUUAUUGGCAGCAAAUGAUUAACAUACUAGAAGUAUUAAGAUAGUGAUAUUAAAAAAUAUUAAGCUAGUGAUUAAACCAAACUACAGCAUAGCAUUAGCAGAGAAGAAAUUAAAGAGGAUUAGAAUCUUCCUUUUAAAUGCAGAAAUUUUGUAAUUGUAGAGAGUAAUCUAAAUAAAUUUGUCCCAAGUAUAUUAACAUCUUCAGUAAUGUUAUUACAAUUACCUUCAUGAGGCUUCAGGCAGGAUGUGAGUUUUCUAGGUCUUGAUGGCCUUGUUAUUUUAUUUUAUUUUUUUAAAAGAGAACUUUCUCUAAUGGUUUGUUUUCCAAAUUAAAAUGGGUCCAUAUAAUGCUAAACCCUUCGGGUGUGAGCUAAGCACACACAUCACUUCAUUUAGGAUAUAAUACGAAUAGUGUUUUAAUCUGAGAUAAUUAACAUGGAAUUAAAUUAAAAUUCUGUUCUCCACACAGCUGUUACAAGAAUGUCAGAGACUGUAAUAAUACAUUUUUACAAUGUUUCUUGCAUAUAUGAACCAUUCAAAGAUUAUUAUAUAUAUUCAAUAAAGCUGUUAACAAGAA